UGAGCAGUGAGGUGCGUUUCAAUAACCUGAAUGAUAUCAUUACCGAGCGCUUGAGGCUACACGACAGAUAUUUUUUGUUUAUUUUUCGACCCCGUACAAACAGGACCCCGGAGAAUAAGGACAAUAGGCUAUCAACCCAUCUCGGAUUGCACUUCACGCCGCAAAUGCAUGAAAUGUUAUCAUUCCAAUUCUGCCAUCUCCGUUACGCUGAUAUGCAUUGCUAGAGUGCGAGUUUCUCGUAGCCUAUUAAGCUAUAUUGAGCGUUCAGACAUUGUUCGGCGCUACUUGCACACCCCCGUAGCGGAGAGCGGGCAGUGGAGAGAACGCUCUGCAGUAGCCGCACAACACAAGGCGAUAUUAUCGACCUGCGUCUUACCAGAGAGGGUAGUGGGACCGAGACUUGGACACGCUGGAUACGCUGAGUAGUCAUCCCAUAGGAGAAUUACAGCGGUAAUGAUCCUGUGAGUUGGAGGGGAAUUAAGCGAUUUGCUGAAGCAGAGGAUCCGGUGAAGGAGAGAAUCUAGCACUGAGCCGCGGUGAGGUGGCCUCUGCUGCCAGGACGUGAGUCAGUCUGCGGGGGGUCGCUGCUGAAGCCGAGCGGAGAAGAUGAGCAGACACCUCCUGGUGGCAGUCCUCCUGUGCCUGCCGGUGCUACCUAUGCGCUCCAGUAGCCAGGAGUUCUCCAGCUGCGUCAUCAAGCGUGAGGAGGAGAGAUGCAUGGAGAGGAUUGCAUUACACGAGGCCCAAGACUAUGAAUAUGAUCUGGGUCCAGGCUGCCCCUGGAUGUGGGACAACCUGACAUGUUGGCAGGCAUCGAAGGUGGGCGAUGUAGUGUCAGUCAAAUGCCCCGAGCUGUUUGUGGUCAUUGCCCAGGAUAAUGAGUUGGGGGAGAUCACUCGUAACUGCACAGAGUAUGGCUGGUCAGAGCCAUUCCCUCAUUAUGUGGAUGCCUGCAUUUUUGACGACAACGCCACCAAACCAACGCAUCCUGAAUUUUAUAAAUCUGUGAAAGCGCUCUACACGGUUGGUUACAGCACCUCCCUGGUGUCCCUCACCACUGCCAUGGUCAUUCUCUGCAGGUUUAGGAAGCUUCACUGCACCAGGAAUUUCAUCCACAUGAACCUCUUUGUGUCUUUCAUCCUGAGGGCUAUCUCAGUGUUCAUCAAAGACGGAGUGCUUUACGCAGAGGAGGAUAGCAACCACUGCUUUGUACACACCGUGGCCUGUAAAGCGGUCAUGGUGUUUUUCCACUACUGCGUGAUGUCCAACUACUUCUGGCUCUUCAUAGAGGGCCUCUACCUCUUCACUCUACUGGUGGAAACCUUUUUCCCCGAAAGGAGAUACUUCUACUGGUACACCAUCAUAGGCUGGGGCACACCUACAAUUUGUGUGACCAUCUGGGCUGUUCUGAGGCUGCACUUUGAUGAUUCGGGGUGCUGGGAUAUGAAUGACAACACUGCUCUCUGGUGGGUUAUUAAAGGACCAGUCGUGGCUUCGAUCAUGAUCAACUUUGUGCUCUUCAUCGGCAUUAUCAUCAUCCUGGUGCAGAAGCUGCAGUCCCCCGACAUUGGAGGAAACGAGUCCAGCAUUUACCUCAGCUGUGCACAGAAAUGCUUCAGUGAGCCCACACAGGCUGUCCAGCAUUCGUGCAGGAUGUCAGAACUUUCCACCAUCACUCUGAGGCUUGCCCGUUCCACUCUCCUGCUCAUCCCUCUGUUUGGAAUCCACUACACAGUGUUUGCCUUCUCCCCGGAGAAAGUCAGCCAGCGGGAGCGCCUGGUCUUUGAGCUCGGCCUUGGCUCCUUCCAGGGAUUCGUUGUGGCUGUUCUCUACUGUUUCCUGAACGGAGAGUUUCUCCCUCAAGGUGCAAUCGGAGAUGAAGAGGAAGUGGCGAAGCUGGACGGUGAACCGGUACUUUGCUGUGGACCUGAAGCAGCAGCGUCACCCGUCCCUAGCGAGCAGUGGGGUGAACGGGGGCACUCAGCUGUCCAUCCUCAGCAAGAGCAGCUCGCAGAUCCGCAUGUCCAGCCCGCAGGCGGAGAAUGCCAAUCUCAACCUGCCCACCUGAGUGUCUGAGCGGCCCAAGCCCCGCCCUGACCGUAACAAUUAACAACAACACACACACACACACACAUCAGCAGACACACAUGCACACACCUGAAGACACAAACAUGCACACACACAGACACACACACACACACACACACACACACACACACACACACUGUGACAGACAGACAUAUAAACUUCUCCCGCCAAUGCCGAAAGGUCCACUCCCUUUUGUCCCUAUACACUAUUCCAAAUACAACAGGCACAAGAGGCUGCCAUGUUUGCUCUUUGCAGACUGAAUCUAUUUAAAGAGGAAACAAACAAACAAAAAAUGCAUAACACUGAAAAGCAGAUGGCAUGGCUGUCUUGAUGAGAAAGGCAGGUAGAAACAGGUGCGGAUAAAAUCUGAUAUGUCUUAAAUAGUGCCAUACAAUACAAUUUAAUACAAACUGCUAAGAAAGUGAGACAUUAGUUUGCCACGUUGAAAAGAGUCAAGUUUGCGUGCCACUCCAUGUACAGACAGUAAACAUGGAUAUAUUAUAUAAAGAAGGAAUAUAGAUGACCCAUCACUUCAACUAAUAUGUUAAUUGAGAGCCAAUAUUGGUGUACUAAACAAGGAUAACAGGAAUUUAAAUGGACAUGAAGAGUAAAUUAUAAAACGUUUACAAAUAUUAGCUGAUAUUUACUUCACUAAUUUCAAAAUGUAACUGGGAUAGAAGGAAUUACCUCAAAAGGUCCUCUCUCUUCUUUGUUCCCAUGACAUAGGAAAUCUAUGCGAACUAGAUUAGUAGUCUUAUUUACAACUACAGGCUACAUGUGUACCAAAUAUUGCAGCAUGUAUGAAACUAAAAUAUUGAGUUGAGGAGGGUAAAAUAUUGUUGACAUAAAUAGUGUAAGGUGUAUGUACUUGUAAGAAGUGCCAAAAUAUGAUAAUUUUAAUAAUCCUUCAUUCUGCAAAACAUAGUAUCUAUGGCAACAUAGACGAAGGAAAACUGAAGAAUCUUAGCCUUGCUUGUAUAAAUGCCUAUGUGACAGAUUAAAUGUUUCAUCUUUUUAGGGAGGUUGUAAAAUUUAUUUUUCUUACAAUCAGCCAUAAGUACAGAGUAUGUCAAAAAAAUAUGAAAGCUCAAGGAUGAGUGCUUAAUUGUACGUGUAACUCUUGUUGUUGUGCUUUGGAUAUAUAAUUUUCUUUUCUAUUUUCGUAUCAUGACGUUAGUAAUUUUUUGUGAUGAAACUGUCAAAUUAAUUGGGGUGGGAUGGGAGGGGUAAAGCACUACUGGAGUCCAAAUCUGUAGAGUUCAUUUGCGAUACAGAAGAAAAUGUGUUUUUUUUUAAUGAUAUUCCGAUAAAAGUACAGUAGAAAACCUUUGACAUGGUCAGAAUAGAGUAUAGCCUCUUACAUUGUGAGCUAAAGUCAGUGACUUUGUGACUUGUAUGAAUAUAUUAUAGUGUUCUUUCUCAGAAGUCUUGCGUAAAAAGUUAAUUGUUCAGCUGAGACGCAAUGAAAUCACUCAGAUCUUUGGCACAGCGUGUUCUGAAGAACAUGCUAUGGUGACAGUCUGUACGUAGAUGUCAGUACUGGUCUUCUGUACCCCUGAGGCUACAUCCCCAGGGGCAUCAGAGGGCAAUGAGGGGGCCUUAGAAACCUAAAUCAGAGUUCUUUAAUGCAGAAUUGUAACCUCCCUGCUGUGAAUCGCUCCUUUGAUAACUACAAAUACAUAUCUGAUGGAUAUAUAUAUAUAUAUAUAUAUAUAUAUAUAUAUAUAUAUAUAUAUGGAAAUAUUGACCCACUAUGACAUUGAAUUGUCCCCAUUCCUCGGUAAGGAUGGUCUGCUCAUUUUUUUAUUCACGCUUCCAAAGUGCCUGUUGGGCAGAGUGACUCUAACUAUGAUCUGUCUAGUUUAAAAGACCUCACAAAUUUAAUUUCUUUUCCAUGGUAAACUGAAGAGGAUAUACGAGUAUACACAUUCUUUAAUAGCUAUUUAUCAAUUGUAAUAGCAUAUUUGCCUUUAUAGAGUAUUUUAGAUCAUGGUGUGAGUAUAAUUUAUGGAAUGCAAGACACAACGAUACGACCACUAUGUAUCCGUUUGAUAUACUGAUACAUUCUUCUCUAUGUGCCAAUGUGACAAAAUAUUCUCUAAAUCAUUUAAAACUUUUUUUUUGACUUCUAGAACUUUUUUCCCUCAUAUUUUGCAUUGAGGAUAGUACACAUUUUAUCAAGUACUGGAUGUGACAAGCCACUUCUCGACCCUUUAUGACCAAGCCAGUUUGAUAUUGAGAUAACCCUCAUACCAAAACAUGUUUUCUCAACAGUUCCUGACAAUCCUGACUGUCCUGAAUCCUGAAUGUUUUACUUUUGUAGUCACCUAUGGGCAGAUGGCUGAGAGAGUAUAAGCUAAUGGAAUGUGAUGUAAUUCAUUGCUAUUAUGUACAGAGUAAAACAUGUUUUUUUCUUAUCUAUGAAGCUACUGGACCUCAGUGUAAAUUAUAUAGUUGCAAUAUAUUUAUUUGUUUAGAAAGGGUUUUUCUCAUGCGUUAGUGAUGUUAAUUAACUUGCAUACUUCAUCAUUACUUGGUUUGCUCAUAGAAGACACAGCAAUGUUAUGACAAAUGAUGUCAGAACUUAAUGUGUGUGUAUAAAACUGUAGCACAGCAGUGUUAUCCAGAUGUGAAACUGAAAAACAAAUUGAUGUGCGAUAUGUAUUUGCUUUCAUUGCAGCUCUUACUCAAUAGGUGGCGCUAGAGAGGCGUGCAUGUGUGAUUGGCCUGUAUCAAUGAUAAAGGCUCAUUUCAUGCCACUGUUCAUGCCACUGAAGGAUUUUAGAAUUCCUCUUUAGUAUUCGUACAGUCAGUAUUUUAAGGAAGUAAUAUAUGUCUAUGUGUAUGGGUUCUCUUGCAUUUCAAAUGGUUUUUAAUCAAUGAAACUAGUGAAAACACAGCUCUGUCAUUGUACAAAUGGGGAGAACGGUUGGAAUGUGUGAACUGGGUGUGGCUGCAUUCAACCCUUGGAUGUAAUUGAAAGCAAUUGCAUAAAGAGACAGUUCAAAACAUAUAUGGUAUAAGGUAUCAAAACAAGUGUGAGUUGGGGGGGUGGGGGGGGUGGGGGUUACCAACGAUGGCUGUCUAUAGAUGUUGUGUGCCUGCAUGACAAGAAAAAAAUAUUAAAAACAAGAUCAAUUUCUGCUGCUUUACAUGUUCUAUACACCAGCCGUCCGUCUGAGUCUGCGCACUCGGAUGAAAAACGACCAUGUCUCAAAGCUGUUACAAACGAGUAUCUAGACGAGCUGUUGAUCUGUGCUUGUGUUCAUGUCUGCUUGCCACUAGACGGUGUUGUGUUUUACUUUGUACUUUUACCCGUGUUCCUCGUGGACAGGAGACGGAAAUGUGAAGAUGUGGUUUCUGACUCUCUGGAGACCCCGGUACCAGAACCGUUCGGCUGAAGGAAACUGGAUGCCAGUGGAGAGCCGUUUUUUGGCUCCUGGGCACUUGUCAAUGGGCCACACUGUGUCCUGUGACUGUGCCAAAGACUCUGGGCAAGCGGCAGCCUGUGCCAUACUGUAGAUGAUUAUCAUCUGAAUACUGAAUGUAACAACUUGAAGAGGAGAUGUACUGUAACUAUAGCUACGCUGCUCUCUGCGCCUGCCAUCAUUUUGCUUUAUUGUACCAGCGAUGUCUUUGUUUGGUGUAUAAAUAUUCUCUUUUGUAUAUGA